GGCCUUGGUCAACCAUCUUGGGCACUAGACCUUGGUACUAACCUAAGGUACAGGUACUAGGUAUUACCUUGAUAAUUUUAAUCUGCUUCUUUAUUAGGGAAGGAGCCCAUCGCCAGCGUACCUUCCUUGAUUGACAGCUCCCAAAAUCACCAGCUCGCAUCCGUCCAUCUGGAGCGCCUCGCUUUCUUGCCCUGUCGCUACGCACCAAUCCUCAAACCUCUUCUGCCGUCCAACAUGGCGGCUGGAUGCUGCUCGGGCGCCCCAACGGCCCAAGGCAAACCGGCACGCCCUGCCGACCGCCAGAACUCUCACGACCAUGGCGACCGUGACUCGAACAACGGCCCUGAGAACAGCCACGGCCAUGGCGAUGACCACGAGCACGACAGCUGUGCCGAUCAUGCUGAGGCCGGAUUCCUCGCCCCUUGCGACCAAGACGGCGAAUGCUGCGAUGACGCACAGGGCUGCUGCGACGCUACAUCGUCCUCCUCGACAAAGUCGGCGACGUUGACCUGCUGCGGCUCCAACGAAGAGCACUGCGACGAAAAGUGCAUCAUUGCCGCUGCUGCUCUCGAAUGUGAAAAGAGUUGCGAGAGCGACGUCGCUGGUCAUGACGGUACCGUGCCCACACGAAGUGGCCUCUCAAUGUCUCGCGUCCUGACCUUGCCCAGCCCAUGCUAGUCACGACCACGCCCAUGACCAGAACGGACAGCACCCUGCCUCGGCCUGCAGCACCCAUCUGGCAAAGGCAUUUGACCAGUACGCCGCGUACCUCGAGUCCGCCCGUUGUAUCUGCCGCAGCAUCCUCGAUCGGGGCUGGUCCACGACUUGCUGUGCCGAGCAGCCCAAGCAGAGCCACGCUCCCCUUGUCGAGGUUAUCGCUGGCGCCCGCGCGACCGGUCAGGGGUCUCAUACCCACGACGGGCCGCAUCAUCACCAUGGAAUUAAGCGUCGUGGUAAGAAGGCACGCCGUGAACAUGCUCAGUCGCCCACCAGGGAAGACAAGGAAGCCAGCUGCUGCGGUGGCCACCAAGUUGAACACGGCCAUCUGGGCAAGAAAUACGCUGUUCAGCGGCCCACAAAUACAGACCUUGAACGAGCAGACGGCCUGGAGCAUGUCGCUUUGACCGUCGACGGCAUGACUUGCUCUGGCUGCGGCAACAAGAUGGAGCGAACCCUCAAGGCACUUCCUGGAGUCUCGUUGGUUCGGGUCAACUUCGUCAUGGGCUCCGCCGAGUUCAGCUUGGAUGCAUCCGUCACCACGCCCGACGAGGUCAUCAGGGCAACUGAGAGGGCUACCGGGUUUCGUUGCACUAGACGCUCCAAUGACGACCAGACGGUCGACCUCUUGGCCUCGGGAGGUUCUGCAAAGGUGCUCGCCGACAUUGCCAUCCCAGGGGUAACGCAGGCCACCAUGUUGAACAAGAAUGUUGUUCGCCUGACAUACGAUCCUGCCAUGAUUGGCGCGCGGACCUUGGUCGAGCGCGUGGGUGACUUGGUAGGCGGGCUUGCGCCGCCUAGAGACGACCCCAACGUGUCCAGCGGCAGAAAGAGGCUGUACGACCAAUUUGUAAAGACGGUCGUUGCUGCUUGCUUCACCAUCCCCGUCGUCGUCAUGGCUUGGGGCGACGAUUUGGUCCCAGACGAGAGAGCCAAAGCUUCCGCGUCACUGGGUCUUGCGACUGUCGUGCAGCUUAUUGCUGUUCCCGACUUCUACCGCCCAGCCAUCUCAGCCCUUGUAUACAGUGGCAGUCUAGAGAUGGAUAUGCUUGUCGUCAUCAGUAUCACUGCCGCUUACCUAUAUUCGGUUGUUGCCUACGGCUUUAUGAUGGCCGGCAAGCCCCUGGAUACGGAAGCUUUCUUCGAGACAAGCACGUUGCUUAUUACCCUGGUUCUGCUUGGCCGCCUCGUCGCCGCUUAUGCUCGUAUCCGCGCAGUCGUGGCUGUGUCGCUCCGGUCGCUCCAGUCAACCACUGCUGUCAUCAUCGAUUCCGGCAGCGACAAGGAGAUUGACGCUCGCCUCCUCCAGUACGGCGAUAAGCUGAAGAUUGGCCCUCACUCUGCGGUGCCGACCGAUGCGACUGUCCUCAAUGGGACGAGCGAGGUCGACGAGUCCAUGUUGACCGGGGAGAGCGUCCCAGUGUUCAAGAAGGAGGGCGACUCAGUCAUCGCGGGCACCAUCAACGGCUCUGGCACAUUGGUGGCUCGACUAACGCGUCUUCCGGGCAAGAAUACAGUGACCGACAUUGCCCAGCUAGUGGAAGAGGCCGCCAACUCGAAGCCUCGAAUCCAGGACGUCGCUGACCGCGUCGCAGGUUGGUUCGUGCCCGUUGUCACAUCCGUGGCUCUUAUUGUCAUCGUGGUCUGGCUUGUCGUCGGGCUCAAGGUCCGCGAUUACAAUGCGGGCAAGGCCAUCUCCAACGCCAUUACCUACGCAGUCGCCACCCUUGCAGUGUCCUGUCCGUGCGCGCUGGGUCUCGCUGUUCCCAUGGUACUCGUUGUGGCGGGCGGCAUCGCCGCCCGCAACGGCGUUAUAAUCAAGUCUGCCGAGUGUACUGAACAGUCUCGAAAGGUCACCGACGUCGUCUUUGACAAGACUGGCACCAUUACCGAAGUCGGACUUGACGUGGUGGAGGAGCACAUCUUUGACCCUGUGGAUGCCGGAUCUGUUGCCAUUUCCAAGGCUCUUGUCGCCGGAAACAAGCAUCCGGUAUCGCUCGCGGUGGCAAAGUACUUGGAAUAUCGCGCAGAAACUCCGGCGAAGCUUGACAACAUCCACUCGAUCCCGGGCGCUGGUUUGGAGGCCACCUUUGACGGCGCCAAGAUUCGCGCUGGGAAUCCUGCAUGGACAUCCACAUCAAAGGAUGCCGUCGUUGCCGGCCUAGCGCAACGCGGUAUGACUCUUCUUGUUGUCACUCGUGACAGCAGGGCAGUUGCUGUAUUCGCCAUGCGCACGCGUCUCAGAGCCGAAGCUAUCAAGGUUGUGUCCCAACUGAGGCGUCGUAACAUUGCGGUCCAUCUCGUCUCGGGCGACCAAAGGCGUGCUGUCGAGGCCGUCGCUACUCAAGUGGGAAUACCGAACGUGGCGUCGCAGUGCAGCCCGGCCCAGAAGCGGGAUUACGUCGCGAGUCUAAUGUCCCAAGGCAAGAAGGUCAUGUUUGUCGGCGACGGGACCAACGACGCCGUGGCCGUCACCCAGGCCGAUGUGGGCGUCCAACUCGCCAGCGUGCUCUCGGCCAGCGAGGUUACACGAGGCGCCGCCGACGUGGUCCUCCUCAACGGCCUUGAGGGCAUUCCCUUCCUCAUGAAGAUCAGUAGCGUGGCGUUUCGCCGCAUGGCCUUCAACUUUGGCUGGUCGGCCACGUACAACAUGCUCGCCAUCUUGCUUGCCUCGGGUGCACUCGUCAACGCGCGCAUCCCGCCUGCUUACGCCGGCCUGGGCGAGAUCGUCAGCGUUCUGCCCGUCAUCUUUGCGGCCAUGACGAUGCUGCUCAAGAAGAUCAAGGUUGACGUGGAUGUUGCCGCCGCCAGCGUCGCCGGCGCCUAGACGCGCGGGUGCUUGUAACGGUUGUGCUGCCAAGCCAACGAGCUCCGGCACGUCCAACACCUGCCGGGCGGGCGGCUGGCUUGAACAAUACGUCGUGGGUCUGAUCAGAAAACGGCCUUUUUUUCUUUGGGCCGGGGGGUCUCUGGUUCAACACGGGACGCUGGAUGGAUAUGACGCGCUGCUCCUUCGAUUCGACGACACUGCCUUUUUCUCGGAUGAAGCAGGCAUUGCACAAUGCCUGCGUAGCUACCUACAUAAAAACAUAACAAAUAUGUGGUAUUGUUACACUUGCGAUCAGCAGUGGUUUCUGCCCGAUGCUGCCGUGCCAUAAUACUUUGGAUUACAUUAGCGCCUUAAAACGCCGUCGCUUCCUUUGUAAACGAAAUAAUUUUUGAGCCUUGACAUUUGGUGACCGUAGUCCUUCGCGUCACCGUCCGUUAAGAGGAGGGCGCCCCCCAUUUCGUCGCAGCAGGACUGCCAGCCAGGUCCCCAAAGUCCACCACCGUGUACAUGUCCCGCAGCGCGUCGAGCUUCUCGCGGAGAUAGUCGCGCUGGUGCUUCUGCGUGCGCUCAAAGCCAAAGAUGAAGCGGAC